UGCAUCCCUCUCUCUCUCUCUCUCUCUCUACCAUUUUGUUCAAACCGUAGUCAAAACUCCAAGAGACACCGAUCAAGAUCCUACAAGCUCUUCGUCCAUGUCCACCUCCAAGGCCUCAGAGACACACUCAGAAGGCCUUGAGCCAGCCUAUGCUCAACUGGGCUUCUGCAUCCUCCAGAGGAACACCGCCCCGCCGCAGCCCGGGGAGAGGCGGGGCCGCCGGAAGCAGGCCGAGCCGGGUCGGUUCCUCGGGGUGAGGCGGCGGCCCUGGGGGCGGUACGCGGCGGAGAUCCGGGACCCCGCCACCAAGGAGAGGCACUGGCUUGGCACCUUUGACACUGCCCAGGAGGCGGCCCUGGCCUAUGACCGGGCUGCUCUCUCCAUGAAAGGCACACAAGCAAGGACCAACUUCAUCUACUCCGAUACCCAUCACCAAAUUCAAAAUCCUAAUAGCUUUCACUCUCUUCUUAGCCCCUUUGAGGUCCAAGCACUUCUAACACCUUCCUCACACUUCUUCACCACCGCCGCCGCCGCCAACAGCAACAAUAGUCAAGCAAAGAACCGACCCACCAGUCACAGCAAUCCACCUCAGCCUACCAGCACUUACGAGACUGCCAUGAUGCCACACCAGUCCUACGAGGAAACUUGUCCUGACACCAACUCAUGUGAUGACUCUGAUGCAAACCAAGAUAGCAACUGUAACAGCUUCUUCCUCUUGGGAGAUGAUGAUUAUUCAAACUCCGGCUACCUGAACUGUAUUGUCCCUGACAACUGCUUGAGACCUCCUGCUAGCGCUGACGACCCUCCCAAUGCAAAGCCUAAUGCUAUCAGAAACUACUCCAGCGCUUCAAAUUUCAUGGGAGACUUUGAGGAUGAUGACUUUUCGCUUCCACAAGAUGUCGUCACUGACUCAGGAGGUGAUAUAUUUGGUGCCGGAGAGCUCUGGAGCAGCGAUCAAACGGCAUGGGGGAUGGACUCGGGCGAGCUCGCCUCCGUGAUCAGUGGCCCGUCGGUGCCCGCGAAGACCGCAGAGGGGUGCGCGGGAAGCUCACGCACCGCGGCCGAGAGUAGUAGCUACAGCUUCUCUCCUCAAGCUGCGCCAAAUUACUACGGGGAAGCUUCAGUAGAAUAUGGAGGAUACUCCCUCUACUGA